AUGGAAGUGUUGUGGUCGAUGUUGACCUACAUCCAGACCAAUCUUGCAAGUGACAGGCAGAUUUUUGGCUUACGGUUCUUGCUCGGAAUCCUGGAGACACCAGCAGCCACUGGAAGCAUCUAUGUGCUUUCGUCAUGGUAUCGAGCGGAUGAAAUGUUCAAGCGUGCCGGCGUCUGGUAUAUUUCCAGCAAUCUUGGGAGCAUGAUAGGCGGGUAUCUUCAAGCAGCUGCAUACCAGAAUUUGAAUGGUAUACUUGGAAGAUCUGGAUGGAGAUGGCUCUUCAUCAUCGAUGGAUCCAUCAGUAUGCCAAUCGCCAUUGCGGGAUAUUUUCUGUUCCCUGGAUUACCGACAAGCCCGAGGAUAUGGUGGCUGAAAGAAGAAGAGCAAAAGUUGGCUCAAAAACGCAUGAAAGACGAGGGCGUCAAGGCACCAAAGAAAAUAGGACAGAGAAUGCUUAAACGGGUUUUUGGCCAUUGGCACUUCUACAUUGCGGUGCUGACCUAUGUUUGCUUUCAGUGCACCUCGUAUGUGGGUGGCCAGAUGAACAUCUGGCUCAAGUACGAAGCGGAUACGCAUGGUACAUAUACUAUCCCACAAGUCAACAUCUACCCCACCGGAGUUCAGGGGGUUGCGAUCAUAACGGGUAUUCUAUCGACCUCCCUCUGCAUGAUCUACCCACUCUGGGCCAUCAUGUCAGUUGUCGCUGCAUGUCUCCUAUUUUCAAACGUGUGCCUGCUCAUCUGGGAUAUCCCCCUUGGGCUCCAUUUCACCUGCUACUACCUCUUGGGAAUGACCUCGUGUGUCACUCCAAUUUUGUUUCCGUGGGUGAAUAUCGUUAUGAAAGACGAUAAUGAAGCUAGAAGUUUUACUACUGGGGCUAUGAUGACAAUUGGUUGGGCAUUCUUUAGUUUUUAUCCCAUAACGGUAUUUCCUGUGCUGGAAGGACCUAUGUGGCGUAGAGGUUUUAUUGUAAAUACUGUGUUGACAGUUACAUUUUGGGGCCUGUUUAUGGUAGGACAGUAUUUAUGGCGUCGUGAUGAGAAGUUGGAUCGCUUCAGCAUUGUUUCUGAUGAGGAAGAAACAACAAUGCCACGAUUGCCUGGGUUUUCGGAUAACCCCUUUCAAACCCGAUCGGAUUUGAUUCUGGCCGCGGUGUCCUUAUUGAAACCUCUAGAGGUAUACAAGUCAGAGGGGAAAGCUCGGAUCCGAAUCGCCACUGCUAGCGGUGCAGGUUUUAGUGAGACAGCGGCUCAACUAGAGGGGUUUGCAAGGCCACUCUGGGUGGUUGCCCACCUGCUGAAUAUAGCGUCCGAUGAACAAGAGACCGGAUUUAGAGGCUUGGGAGUCGACCUUCAAUCAUGGAUCUUGGGUCUCAAAGCAGGAACAGAUCCGCGAUCGGACGAGUAUUUUGGAGACCUCAGUGAUUUCGACCAGAGAAUGGUAGAGAUGGAAUCAAUAGCGCUCGCAAUAUUAGUCGCGCCGUCCUGCUUCGCAUUUCAGGAUGAUACUAAGGCUAGAGUCAACCUGAUCAAUUGGCUGUCACAAAUCAAUUCGAAGGAAAUGCCGGUCAAUAACUGGCGCUGGUUUCGAGUGUUCGUCAACUUGGCUCUCACAGCACGGCUAGGAGUUCCGCAAGAGCACGUGAGAAAGUAUAUUGAUAACGAUCUUUCUGUGCUUGACUCUUUCUAUUUAGGAGAUGGAUGGUCAAGUGAUGGGCCGUGGGACAACGAGAGGAAACAGGCAGAUUACUACUCUGGGAGCUUUGCCAUUCAGUAUGCUCAAUUGCUGUUCGUCAAGUAUGCCGCAGACUUCGAUUUUGAGAGAGCAGAUAGAUAUAAGAAGCAGGCACGAGACUUUGCAACUCACUACUGGAGAUACUUCGACACCAGCGGCGCUGCAAUCCCAUUUGGCCGGAGCUUAACCUACAGAUUCGCUUGUGCAGCAUUCUGGUCAGCAUUUGGUCUAGCUGAGAUAGAGCCACCUAUCUCAUUGGGAGAUGUGGGUGUGGUGAAGGGGCUUCUCUUGCGACACUUACGAUGGUGGGCACUGCAACGGCAUAUCUUCAAUACCGACGGUACCCUUAACAUUGGCUACACCUAUCCGAACAUGUUUAUGUCAGAAGAUUACAACUCUCCCCAGUCUGUGUACUGGUGUUUAAAGAGUUUAAUUGCAAUCGGAAUCCAGCGAAAGGCCCCCUUCUGGACUUCCGAGGAGCGGGCAAACCCGAUAACUGCGGACCAUGUAUCGAGAAUUCAACUCAUACUUCAGGCAAAACAAAUAGCCUGCAAUACUCCGGAACACCAUUUCCUCCUCUCUUCUGGGCAGUCUACAAGAAAGGACCACAGGUCUCGAGAAGCAAAAUACUGCAAAUUUGCUUAUUCGUCCGCGUUCGCAUUCAGUGUACCGUCUGGCACCAGCCUGGAACAACUAGCACCUGAUAGCGUCUUGAGCCUCAGUCAUGAUGAUGGCGAAACCUGGAAGGUCCGAUGGGAUCCUUAUGGCACUAAAUGCGAAAGUCUGUGCUACCAAGAUGAGUGUGUACCAACUUUUGUCAGCUCCUGGAAGCCAUGGACCAAGUUGAACUUCGUAGUCGAGACAAGGUUAAUACCUCCCCUGAGAGCUUGGCCAGGAUGGAGCCUGCGAGUGCAUACACUACAGUGGACUCUUCCAGCCAAUGAUUCCAGUCACUUGGAGAGGUUGUUUUCCAUCGACAGUGGCUUUGCAAUCGCAGCAGAGGCGGAUGGUGGAAAACCGAUCUUUGAACAGCGUUGCAAUUCUGAUUUCUCUACGAACCCAGGCGGCCAAGGGUGGUGGAACGAUGGGUUUGGCUGCAUGAUUGCUUCGACGGCAGGGGCAAGUGGAGUAGUGGACUUGACGUACCGGUUCGCGCCUCCCAGGACACAUUCUUCGAUACAAUUAUCCUCUCACUCAAAGAUAAUCAGGCCGAACGCCAACACUAAUCUUUCGGCUCAAAGAACUCUGAUACCGUCGGCUCAGCAUCGAAUACGGCUACAGAGCUCGAUUCUGAGUGGUUGCGGGGGCCCAAUCCUGUGCCAUAUCGUCACAGGAAUAUUUGCUGUUGACCGUUACAAGGUGGACCUUGAGGCUGCGUGGAACUUUUGGCAGCAUCAACCAACUGGUACUUUUGACCCCUCAAAUGGAACGUUGAGACUCGGUUCCUUCGACUAG